GCUUCAAAGAAACCUCUUCGACCCGCGCGCUCCCACCCACCAGUGAAGAAAAAGAGAAGCCCACACGCGACGCGAGGUUAUUGAGCGGUAGGGAAGGAGGAGCAAGAAGGCCGGCCAAGCGGAGGCAUCAGCAUCACAUCGAGCAUGCUGGAGCUCCUGCUCGUGGGGUGCAGCGGCGUGGUGGUGCUCCUCCACGGCGCCAGCCUCUUCCUCCGCGCGCUCUUCGCCCCGCGCCACGCCGUCGCCAGGCCCAUCAGCUUCCUCGGGUUCGUGGCCUGAUCGUUCGCAAUGGCCAUCGGGCGCGGACUGCGGAGAUGAUCGUUUCGAGUAGCUGCCACCGAAGAUCCAUCGACUGAUGCAGCUGUGUGUGUGUGCCCACAAGUUCUCGUUCGUUUGUGUGUCAGUGUGUGUGGCAUAGCCGUCGGUUCAGACGUUGGCACCGGCCAGGGAAGGGGAGCGCCGAUGUUGUUCAGUGAUAUACCAAACCCACGGCAGGGAGUAAAAUACAAUUUCAGUCCUUAAACUUAUCGGACUAUAUUAUUCCGGUUCAUAAACUUGUAAAGUAUAUCUUUUAAAGCCUUAAUCGUUAUUCAGGUCUAUAUGAGGUUCAAAUCGGAUUGAAACAGCUCCGGUAGCAAGCCUUAAUCCAUGCCCAAUUGCUAUGCUCUUUUACCCAUCCAUGAAUAUCUACAAAAGCUGUCCAGCCUCUGCUCUUCCAUGUUCGUCGUCGGGCAGGUGGUGAUGGGCCUGCCGCCCUUCUUCCACAUCUACGCAUCACCGGCAUCUGCUCCGCCACGCUGCGGCACAAGAGAUCCCCUCAGCUCCAGGUCCGUCAUGACUCAUGACAGCCGCCGCACCGCUCGCGUCGGACCUCGUGGCGCCGUUCAAGCGGAAGUUCCCGGGCGUGCAGGUGGAGGAGACGUACGGGCUCACGGAGCACAGCUGCAUCACGCUGACACACGCCGGCGGCGGCGAGGACGUGGGGUCGACGGUGCAGGUCGCCAAGAAGAAGCCGGUCGGAAUCAUCCUGCCUAACCUGACCUGGAGGUGAAGUUCGUGGACCUCGACACGGGGCGGUCGCUGCCCAAGAACACGCCGGGGGAGAUCUGCGUGCAGAGCCAGGCCGUGACGCACGGCUACUUACACUACAGGAGGAAGGAGGAGACGGAGCGCACCAUCGACGCCGCGGGGUGGCUCCACACCAGCGACAUCGGAUACAUAUCUUCGUAAAUGGUUAAAGUCCUAAUUAUUUUUAAUUCAAAAAUAAAUAGAAUUAGGGCACGAUAUUAAUCCGAUUC